UGAGACGAAGAAGAAGGAGCAGAAGACGACGAAUAAUAAGGAGAAGAAGAAGAAAAAGAACAUUGCCUGCGGCGAACCUGUCUCUUGACGACUGGCUUGCGCCCUCAGCAGGGCGGCGCUUGGGGUUUAUUUCAUCCCCUCCCGCUUUCGCCCCCUGCUGAGGCGCCUGAGAGUCGCGCAGCCUCUCGCUGUCGCGUCGAGGACGCAGGGAGGGGAGGGCCGGGAGGGAGGCGUACAAGGGAAGACCGAAAGGGAUGCGAGCGGGAGGGGAACAAGGAGAGAGUCGGAAAAUCGUAAGACGGAACGGAGCGCAGGACGGCCAAUGCGGCCGCUGGGAGCCCGUCACGCCAGCAGGGCGCAGCUGGACGUCAACUCGCUGCUCUGGUUGUCCGUGAAGAACGCGGCCGCGACGCCGACGACAACUCCUCUCCGAUCAAGGCCAGCAGCACCGACAGCGGCUUAAACCUGACGGUCAGGGGCAGCCGCCGGCCAGGCCCGGCGCCGACCUCGUGCACCCAGUGCCGGUUCAGGUAGAACCCCGCUGCCCCCGGCACGAUCCCGAUGAUCACGGCGACGCUGAGGGCCCCGUUCAUGGCGUUCACGAGCCCGAGGGUCCGUCACCACGAAGGCCACGAGCAUGACGCCCAGGACGAUCAGCGUCGCCAUUCCCUCCACGCCUCCGUGGUCCAGCACCACGCGGGUGCGGGCGCCGUGGUUGUGCCUGCGAGGCCCUUCUCCAGGUACAGGACCAGGUCGUGCGUCCGCGUGUGGGUCUGCUCGGGGCCCGCGGCGGGCCGGAACACCUUCGUGCCGAGCACGCGGUGGCGCUCCGCGCGCGCGCCCUCCCCGAUCACGAUGCCCGCGCCCCUCAGUAUGCCGACGAAGAAUGUCACCUUUGAGCAGGGACCGACCGUCCUGGCGUUCUUACAUGCCUACCACCAAAUGUUCUUAGAACCCACAGAUGUUCGAAUCAAACAAUCAAUUUUCUUAUCACACAAAGCCGACGUGUGACAACAAAACAGUCCCGGCCAGAACUGUUCUAAGAACAUUUCGUAGAAACAUCUAAAGGUUUUUAGCACAGUCUUUAGGUAGGCCUAUAGGCAAGCUAAGACGCUUCGCCACUGCUUGACACCUGGACGACCCUGGAAACCGAUUCCGUCCACCGCGGCAGCACUGCCGAUAACCGAGCGGGCCGACAGCGAAAAAACAAGACUUGACAGGCUGCAGGCAACCUGGGGAAGGGCGCAGCGACGCAGCAACGGCGCAAUAACCGACCGAAGCGAUGCACGGUUUUCCCCGGGGCCGUAGGCGACCCGAGG